ACGUCACUUCCGCACAUGAGCAGUAAGCUAUAGUCUUGCCGAGCAACGGUCGCAGAAGACAGAAGAAAGGGAGCAAAAUAUCAAAGUAUACACCGUCAGAGGACAAGAAAAUAUGUCCGUUGUGUUGACGAAUAUAUGAACAACAAGUGUGCGGCGACGACGGGGCGAAACAAGCAACAUUUGAACCCCGACCUACCAGCCGUUUUGCCGGAGUGUGAAGGAAGGAAGAGUCGAGUCACCGACAGAAAAACAUCCCGAGUGAGAUCAUGAAUCCUGAAUAUGACUAUCUCUUCAAGCUGCUGCUGAUUGGCGACUCUGGAGUAGGCAAAUCCUGUCUCUUGCUCCGCUUUGCUGAUGACACCUACACUGAGAGCUACAUCAGCACCAUCGGAGUGGACUUUAAGAUCCGAACUAUUGAACUAGAUGGCAAGACCAUCAAACUGCAGAUUUGGGACACUGCGGGCCAGGAGAGGUUUCGUACCAUCACCUCCAGCUACUACCGUGGUGCCCAUGGCAUCAUUGUCGUCUACGACGUGACAGACCAGGAGUCCUACAGCAACGUCAAGCAGUGGCUCCAGGAAAUAGACCGCUACGCCAGUGAGAAUGUCAACAAGCUUCUGGUGGGCAACAAAUGUGAUCUGACCACCAAGAAAGUUGUGGACUACACCACAGCAAAGGAGUUUGCCGACUCUUUGUCCAUCCCCUUCCUGGAGACGAGCGCCAAGAACGCCACCAACGUGGAACAGGCCUUCAUGACCAUGGCCGCCGAGAUAAAGAAGCGCACGGGCCCUGGGGCCACCGCUGGCGGCGACAAGCCCAAUUUAAAAAUUGAGAGCAUCCCGGUCAGGCAGUCUGGAGGUGGCUGCUGUUAAAGCAGCUCCACCCAUCCACUGAUCACCUUCUCAACCACCUUCACCGCUUCCCCGAGACCCUCCUCUCCCUUUCUUUUCACUCCCAUGCCACAUCAUCCCUCCAUCGCGCUCCUAUCAGCAGCCUGGAUCAGAGUCACGGUCAGAAAGGAGGUCGGUAAGGCAUCAAGCAAUGAGAGCAAGCAUGCAGACGUUUUCAUUCAUUUGAAUCUCAACAGGUUUGUCAGAAGCUCAUGUUUGCAUGCACACACACACACGUGCGCACACACACACACUAAGGCUUGUGAUAUAGCUUAAAAGAUUUUUAAUGCCUGUCUUCAAAUCGUAAAGGCCUGCAAUUUAACACAACCCUCAACUUUCACUCUCCCCAGCCAUCUUGUUCUUGGUUUAAAGAAACACUUUCUUACAAGUAAACUGUGCUCCAAAGCUCAGCCAUAAGCUUACUCGUGCAAAGUAGACUCUGUACUUGCAUUAAAACGAUGCUGCCCAGAUUUCAGAAGUGCCUGGUGACUGCGGGAGGUGGCCAGGUAAAUAUCAACACAGCGGUUGUCUUUGGCCAAUAACUUCUUUCUUGCUGGCACGUGGUUUACUUCCACAUGAAGGGAGGUGGGGCUUAUGUUGUUUGUUUUUUUUCUUCCUAUGAACGAUUUAAUUCAAGAGCUGUGACACGAUGCUGCACCACCUUGACGCUAAACAUGACAGCUCACUCUGGUUUCUUCUGACAGACAGCAAGCCUUGUUCAUUGUUACGGCUUCGUACUGGUGGGGAGAAUGAGUAGUUCUCAUGUUCCCCAACCUUGUGGAGUCUUGGUCAGGGUGAGAGGUAGCGUCUCACCUGAAGCUGUCUCAUGUUCUCUGGUUUAACUCCCAAUCAUCUUAGCUUGCUAAUGUGGGUUUAGGACCUCACCGUUUGCUUUAUUCCUCUCUUGAGUGGUCUUACCUCCAGGACUGUUGUGGUGGUUUCAGGGACUGACUGGUCUUGGUUUCCAGACCGGGUAUGAACUCCCGAGCUGUUAUUUAGUAGAAAACAUCUUGUUGACGACAGCCUUUAUCGCUGGAGGUGGGGUUAGUGUGUGUUUUUGUUGUUGAGUGGAGCAGGACCAGGAGUGCAACAUUCCUCAUGGAUUUGGACGCAUCUCAAGCAGAUGCAAGCCAAACUUAACACACACACAAAAUAUAUACUGGAUGUUUGUGCUUUGAUGACUGAUGAAUUUCUAAUUUAACCUUGCUAUUCUACUGAUUUUUAAUGUCUUCUUGAAUGAAAUACUGUGUCGUGUAGUCCACUGUGUGGGGUGUAGAUAAAAAUGAUUUUCUUCUUUCACACACGUGGCUUGACGGAGAUGACUUUCUUCUUUUGGCUUGUUUAAAAAAAAAAAAAAAAAAAGGAAAAGAGUGCUAGCAGUGAAUGAAGA